AUGACGGGACGAGACGAGGCAGCCGACGAGAAGCCUAAAGUCAAGCUUUUAACCCCAUCUUUUGGAAUCGACAAAUCACGCCUGAAUGGCUCUGGAUUCCGAUCCAAAGGUUUCGCCAUUACAGACCUACUGGGUCUGGAAACGGAUCUUCAGCCUCAUCAGUCCGGAUCUGGAGUUGGUGGCAACAGUGAUGGACAGAGUGCGGGGAUUGGGGGAUUCUCUUUUGCUGGGGGGUCUUUACCUCUCGGUUUGGGUUUUCUGUGCAGUUUAGCGGCACAACAACCUCCUGGAGCCCCGUGUUUUCUACCAAGCCACAUUCCUCUUCUCCAGUCCAGGACAGAGAAUCAUUUUAUGCAGAAUUUGGAGCAGCAACGAGACGCCUAUUCGGAUGAUGACUGUCUCUCCGGAGACCGUAACGAUGGAAAAAACUCAGGGAACUCACAGAAGAGGAAGAAAAGAAGACACAGGACUGUGUUCACCUCCCAUCAGUUGGAGGAGCUCGAGAAAGCCUUUCAAGAAGCGCACUAUCCAGAUGUGUAUGCCAGGGAAAUGUUGGCGAUGAAGACGGAAUUACCCGAGGAUAGAAUACAGGUUUGGUUCCAGAAUCGUCGAGCCAAAUGGAGGAAGCGGGAGAAAUGCUGGGGACGCAGCACCGUGAUGGCAGAAUACGGACUGUACGGUGCCAUGGUUCGACACUCCAUCCCGCUGCCCGAAUCCAUCAUCAACUCGGCAAAGAACGGCAUGAUGGGCUCCUGUGCUCCCUGGCUUCUAGGAAUGCACAAAAAAUCAGUAGAAAUAGCGAAGAAGUCCUCAGGCACGCCCGAAUCCGUGCAAUCAGAUUCAUAUCCCGAGGACUAUAAUAAAGGGAAGGAUAGCGACAUUGUCUGGCCAAACCGUGCUAGCGCUGUGGACGACUCAGAAGAAAUGGCGAUCGAUCUGUCCAGCACAUCAAAACAAGAGAACAGAAGCACUUUGAAGUCCUCAUUAGCCCGUAAUGACAUUAACAGUGAUUCUGACAAUGACAGCUAG